AUGAGAAUCAUUACUCCACAGAUUCCGCCCACAUAAGCAACCAACAAGCACAAACUCAAGUAACGGCCUCAGCCUCACUUUUCCCUCUGCGCUAACGAUGUUGGCCACUCACUUGUGCACUUCCUCUCUUCUGCCACCCACCAAAAUUACCCACAAACCACUCCCUCCUCCCUCUUUGCCAAAAUCUUCUUCCUCAACCUUCAGACACUUAUCCACUGUGAACCAAACACCGUCGAAACGUUUCUCAGUUUCAGCUACAGCCACAGCCUCUACUUCUUCUUCUGUUGGAGUCACUGACUCCCCCACUUCCGUACACUCCUCCAAAUCUAAAUCACUGCCUUUUCGUGUGGGCCAUGGCUUUGAUCUUCAUAGACUGGAGCCCGGCUACCCUUUGAUCAUUGGUGGCAUUAAUAUUCCCCACGAUAGAGGUUGCGAGGCUCACUCUGACGGUGAUGUUUUGCUUCACUGUGUCGUCGAUGCUAUUUUGGGAGCUCUGGGGCUUCCUGAUAUUGGUCAGAUUUUUCCUGAUUCUGAUCCUAAGUGGAAGGGUGCAGCUUCCUCUGUUUUUGUUAAAGAAGCUGUGAGACUCAUGCAUGAGGCAGGUUAUGAGAUUGGCAACUUGGAUGCUACCUUGAUUCUUCAAAGACCAAAAUUGAGCCCUCACAAGGAGGCGAUUCGGACCAACUUGUCUGAGCUGCUUGGAGCAGACCCCUCAGUUGUGAAUCUGAAAGCUAAAACUCAUGAAAAGGUUGACAGCCUCGGUGAAAAUCGAAGCAUUGCAGCUCACACUGUGAUUCUCCUCAUGAGGAAGUAAAAGUUAUCACCCCAAUUACUGUAUACGGCCGACACAUAUUUUAUUACUUAAUCACCACAAAUUAUGCAAUUGAUUGGAAAAAGCUAAUCAGUGAAGUUGUUUCAUAACAAAAUAAACGUGGGCUAGUGUGAGCAGAAGUCAAUGGUAAAAACGUUUUAUUCUCUGGC